UGUUUAAUUAACAGUCGAAGUCAUUUCACACUUGAUUGAACAUCCUAAUUUCACAGUACAAUUGUGUUUACUGAUUUGAUUACAGAUAUAUAAUUAUUCUAAUUAGGAAUCAGUGGAGUAGUCACCCGAAUCUAUAAUGAGCACGUUUGAGACGUGCGAAUUACUUUCUUACUGCCAAUUUUGUGAGAGCAUUCUGAUGAAACGAAUAAAUGCUUUUGUAGAGACGGUCAAUUUUUCGGUAUGAAUACGGAAUAUGUCUUAUUGGACUAAGUAUAAAUAUCCUUACGUGUGAUUUGAACUUAACAUUAUGUUUUAUGCAACAUGUUAUGUUGCUGUGUUGUUGUUUUUUAUUGAUCUAACUUGGAGUAUUACGCUGAAAAAAGAGUGUCCCCCUGGGGAAGUGCAUAGGUCCUGUGCUUUCACUGAUGAAUACACUUGUUGGGUACAUGCAGAUCGUAUGGAGAGGGUCAAGUCACCGCCGAAGAGGCUGCCGCACUGCAAAGCCGGCUGUUAUUGCAAGAGAGGAUUGGUACGCGAGUAUCCCGGAGGUCCGUGUAUAGUGGCGGCUGGUUGCCGCAACCGGAAGCUGCAAGCUGUACUCAAGAGCUUACCGACUGGACAACCUUUGUAUGGAAAUUAAAAUAUAUAAUUCAUUACUCGCCUUAGCCCUAGUAAGAGGGAGGGGUGAAGCACUCAGCCGGUGAGGCAUACCUCUCCACUUUCCCCAGAACGGAGAAACUCCAUGAUGUCCAGAUUUCACCCAGGUUCAUAUAUCAUCUGCAACAAUUGAAUUUUGCGUCUGUUUUUCCUGACGUUGAGCACAACAAAAUAUUAAAAA